ACUAACAAAGAUUUUUGCUUCCACCGGUGGACAAAACUCCCAAAAUUCGGUGAAAUUUGUCCAGGAAUUGCCACAUGGCUGUCCAUUCUCCACCACUCCCGAAGAAUGUCGUCGCCACAAGCCUAAAAAACCCACCCAAAUUCUCCAUUUCUUCCUAAUUCCUUCCUACUUCGGUUUUCUCUGCAAAUUUUCAUCGGAAACAUAGCGAGGAGUGGCUUCAGUCACUGACCCACCAUGGCUUUGACUACCAUUUACAACCCCUUUAAUCUUUCCUCUUCUGGCUUGUCAAGAACCUGCUUCCCCGUUCCGGCUUUUCGUGAGUACCUUGUUGAGAUUUCGCCUUGUCAGCGCGGUACCUGUAAAGCGGCGUGUGGGUGGCGGAGGAAGAGAGUGACCCAGGUGAGAGCCGCCGUGGCGGAGGCGCCACCGGAGGAAGGGGCGGCCGGAGAGAUCGGCCGGAGCGUUCCCACUAGGAAUGUUCGGAUACUGGUGGCCGGAGGAGGGAUUGGGGGUCUGGUUUUUGCUCUGGCGGCGAAGAGGAAAGGGUUUGAAGUGGUGGUUUUCGAGAGGGAUAUAAGUGCGAUCAGAGGGGAGGGGCAGUACAGGGGUCCGAUUCAGAUACAGAGCAAUGCGUUGGCGGCUUUGGAAGCCAUUGAUUUGGAUGUUGCAGAGGAAGUCAUGAGAGUUGGCUGUAUCACUGGUGAUAGGAUUAACGGGCUCGUUGAUGGGGUUUCUGGAAAUUGGUACAUCAAGUUUGACACAUUCACUCCUGCAGCGGAACGAGGACUUCCUGUCACAAGGGUUAUCAGCCGGAUGGCAUUACAACAAAUUCUUGCUCGUGCCGUGGGUGAUGAUGUGAUUAUAAAUGAUAGUAAUGUUGUUGACUUUGAGGAUAAUGGAGAUAAGGUUAGUGUGGUUCUUGAAAAUGGGCAGCGUCACGAGGGUGAUCUCUUGGUCGGAGCAGAUGGUAUUCGGUCAAAGGUCAGACAGAACUUGUUUGGACACUCGGAAGCUGUAUAUUCAGACUACACCUGCUAUACUGGUAUCGCAGACUUCAUACCAGCUGACAUUGAAACUGUUGGGUACCGAGUGUUUUUGGGGCACAAACAAUACUUCGUUUCCUCAGAUGUCGGUGCGGGAAAGAUGCAGUGGUAUGCCUUUCAUAAGGAACCUCCUGGUGGCACUGAUGCCCCUCGUGGCAGAAAGGAAAGACUACUCAAAAUUUUUGAAGGUUGGUGUGACAAUGUGAUAGAUCUGAUACAUGCCACUGAUGAAGAUGCCGUUCUUCGACGUGACAUAUAUGAUCGCACACCUAUUUUCACAUGGGGAAAGGGCCGUGUAACUUUGCUUGGGGAUUCUGUACAUGCUAUGCAGCCAAAUAUGGGUCAAGGGGGAUGCAUGGCUAUUGAGGAUGGUUAUCAACUUGCACUUGAGCUGGAUAAAGCAUGGAACGAAAGCGUGGCCUCAGGAUCUCCAGUUGACAUUGUUUCUUCAUUAAAGAGUUAUGAGAGUUCUAGAAGAAUACGGGUUGCUGUUAUCCAUGGAAUGGCAAGAAUGGCUGCAUUAAUGGCUUCCACUUAUAAAGCUUAUUUGGGAGUAGGACUCGGCCCGCUUUCGUUUUUGACACAGUUUAGAAUACCGCAUCCAGGACGAGUUGGUGGAAGGUUUUUUAUUGACCUUGCAAUGCCCUUGAUGCUUAAUUGGGUCUUAGGGGGUAAUAGUUCAAAAUUAGAAGGGAGGCCACCAUCUUGCAGACUCUCAGACAAAGCAAACGAUAAAUUGCGUAUAUGGUUUGAAGAUGACGAUGCCCUGGAGCGUGCUAUUAACGGAGAGUGGUUUCUAUUGCCACAGGGAGACGAAGCUGGUGUUUCUCAGCCCAUUCCUUUAAGCAGAGACGAGAAUGGGGCCUGUGUGAUUGGAAGUACGGAGCUGACGGUAUAUUCAGGGACGUCGUUUGCUAUACCGUUGCCUCAGGUUUCAAAAAAGCACGCUCAGAUUCAUUACAAAGACGGGGCCUUCUUCGUGACUGAUCUGAGGAGUGAACAUGGUACCUGGCUCACUGAUAACGAAGGAAGGCGGUAUUGCAUACCUCCCAAUUUUCCAGCUCGUUUCCAUCAAUCGGACAUUAUUGAGUUUGGUUCAGAUAGGAAGGCAGCAUUUCGUGUGAAGGUGAUAAGAUCUUCAGUUGAAAAAAAUAGAGAAGAAGUAGAGAGCAAGUCAUGAAAUAAUGUGGAAAAUCUUCAUCUUUAAUUCUUCUCAAUUUUAAUAGAUAUUAUGUACAGAAAUUAUUGGAAGGCAGUGGAGCACUGCAGAUUUUACAUGCAAUGAUUUCUAAAGGUCAUAUAAGUAUACAUCAGAAUGUUGAGGUUAAUGUAUUCGGACUCUCCUAACAUUUGCAACGGUUUAGUCUUUAUAUUUAAAUGUAUAUAUAUACAUAUAUAUAUAAUGGUCAAGUCCUCGAGUUAAAUUUUGGUCC